AUCAUUUGUAUCUUUUGAUACCAUUUUUUAAAAAUAUUGAUAACAAAAUUUUCAAUGUGGGACUUCUAAUAAGUUUAAAAUUUAUAAAUGUUUUUGAAACUCAUUGCACAUUUUGAAUUAAAAUAUUUAUGUAUUUUAUAUGGUAUAUAGUUUAAUAUAUAUAUAUAUAUAUAUUAUUUUAAAUAUACAUUAAAUGGGACUUUUUACUCAUGUGGUUAUAAGAUCAUGUGUAUUUUGUUGUAGUAAAAAUGUUAAAUCAUUGAUCAUACAUUUUUUAACAUGAGACAUUGAACAAUUUUAAUAAUUUAUAGUCUUUUUAAAAAAUUUAAAAUAUAACAUAUGCGAAAAAUAUAAUUUUAAUUAAUGGUUAAUUUAAUUUUUUAAUUUAUUUUAAUAAUAUAGAAUUAAACAAAAAUGAGGGAGGAUGCACAAAUUAUUAUCAAAUCUUAAUCAUUAAUUAUCAUAUAUAUAUUAGUCAUAUUAGGUAAUUUCCUAUCUUUUAUUUAAGGAAAGAAAGAAAAAAGUAGUAAUAGUAGACUUUUAAUUAAUUUUAUGAUUAGUUUAAUGAGAAAUAUAAUAUAUGAUUAGAUGAACCAACAUAUUUUUUCUAGAGACUUUGAGAAUCAUUAUAAUGAUGACACAUGUUAUAGUUAAAAUGUUGUAAUGCUUCUCAAAUAAUAUAUAAAGAAUUAAAAUUAAAGUACAAAUAUGAACUUAUUCUUAAAAUAGUCUUUUAAUUACAUUCUAAUGUCACUGAAAAUCUGCAUAAUCCUAAUUUUAAGCAUUUAUUAUUUUGUCAAUUAAAACAAUUAUAAAACAUACAUAAAUUGAUUUCAAUCUAAUCCCUUAUAUACUACUACACGUACAUUUGCAAUAAAUGUGUUCACAAACAGAUUGACACGUGUCAGUUUCACAAACAUUUUAACUUUAGAAUGUUUAUGUGUUAGCUUCACAAUCAUUUAGCAAUUAACGUGUUCACACACUAAUUUUUUUAACUUUAUUGCAGACUCUUUAAUAUAUUCACACACUAUUUUUUUUAAUCAACUCAUUUUCAGUUUUCGUAUUUUUAACAUUUGUAUUAGUGAAUUGAAAUUCUCUUCGGGCAAGAAUAUAAUAAUAUCAUUGUUGAAAUUUUCGACGCAACUCUAACCUAUUUCAUUCGAUUGUAUCGUAUUUUUAUUAUAUUUACCAAGAAUUUUCUAUAAGAAAGUACAUGUUAUUGGUUAUAUAUUACGUCAAUUUGUAACAUUCUCAAUGACACGAUACUCAACCAUUUUUAUUGAUAUUUUUAAAGUAUGAUUCAAUAAUUAUGUAUGUAAAAUAAGCCCAACAUAUUAGUUUUACAUUUACUUAUUUUUAUUUAUAUUAGUAGAAGAAAGUAAGUCUUGGUAAAAUAUUUAGAUCCGAAAAACCGAACAGAACUUGAUUUGAAAGUAAUACUAAACACAAACUAAACUAACAAGUACUCAAAUGGAUCUAAAAUUUUUAAUAUUCGGAUAACCAGACCCGAAUCUGAUCGAAACUGAAAUAUUUUGGAUACCAAAAAUAUCUAAAACACAAUUAUAUACUUAAAUAUAUUAGUUAUUUAAAAUUUUAUAUCUAAUAGAUAUUCAUUAAUAUGAAAAUAUAUCAAAUAACAAAAUAUGUUCAAAAUACUAAAAAUAUAUUAUUUUUCUCCAUCUAAAUAUUUAAAUUGAACUAUUUUUAUGUAUAUUACAUUACUCAAAAAAAUUAUCUUUUAUAGUAUUUUUAUUUUUGGAUUUUGAGGAUUAAGUAUAUUUGAAUUAGUGUUAAAACAUUACAUAAUUAAAAUAUAUAUCCGAACUCGAACCUAAACCAAACAUGCAAUGAUUUGAACCAAAUUCAAAUCGAAAUUUGUAAAUAUUUGAAUCAUAUUUAAAUUUGAAAUCUGAAUAGAUCAUCUCAAUCCAAACAAAUAUCUGAACUAUAUGACAAAUCUCUUAUUAUAACGUAAAAAAUAAUUUAAUUAAUUGUUUCACUACGUGCGACGCAGAUUACUACCUAAUUAAUGUUAAAACUAAUAAAACUUGUUGCAUUCAAAGACUAAUCAACUAUAUCUAAUCGAUGCCAUGAAAUAUAAUAAGAACCCAUUAUUACGAGGAUAUUUAUGAAUGUCUUUUUGAAAAAAAUGUUAUUUAUUGCUAUUACGUUUUAUAUUAAUAAGGUAGUGAUAUACAUGAUUUAAGUCUAUUUAUAUCACCACUCAAAUACCUUUGAUACACAACAUAUUAAAACAAAGAAAAUAGUUGAUUUAAGUAUACGAACAAAAAUACAUAAUUUUAUGCAUAUAGUUCUGCAGAUUACGAUUUUGUUUUUUAUAAAUAUAUUUUCAUUGUGGUGGAAUCUCAACCACAGCUUUCUUAUGUUAUAAAAACUAAAUUUCAUUAUAUAUACGAAAUGAACAGUGAAAUGUAUAUUUUCUCUAUUUUUUUAUUUAAGAAAAUAUGUGUUUCUUAAAAUUGAUAGUUUGAAACUUAAGUACCCGUAAAUAGUGACUUUCACGGUGAAUAUUCUUAAAUAAUGUUAAAACGCAAAUGUAAAACAGUUAAUUAAUAAACAUGACUAAAACAAUUAAGACGGACAAAUGAAUUUUUGUUAUACUAAACUUAAAAUAGCUAAUUAAUGCGGAUGGGUGUUCUCAUUAACUAAUAUAUAAUUAAUUAAUAAAUAUGAUAAAAUAAUAUAGUGUUAAAUAUAAAAUAACUAGUUAAUUUAUAUAAACGUUAAAUAACCAGAAAAAUCUACCUAAAUGGAUUUAGAUAUUCAUUUACUAAAUUAAGAACACAAUAUUUUUUUAAGCUAUGUAGUUAUAUUUAUUACUAAUAAAAGCAGCAUAAUAAUAAUCAUUUAUAUUAUAUAUACAUAAAAUAUAAAUUAAUAUGAAAAUAUAUUUUUUACUUAUAUUUUUAUAUAAAUAAUACCUCAUUGCAAAUCUAAUAUGAUAAAUGUCAAAGAGUACGAAAUAUAUAUCACCAAAAAUUAAACAAUAUAUAUAUAAAACAUUUUGUAUAUGUUAAAUAUAUUGAUCCAUACAAACAUAAAAAUGUACCUAUGGAUAUGCACAUGUCAUAUUUUAAAAAGAUGGACGAUAUACUUGACAGUUCAAAAGAUAAAAUAAAAUUACUCAAUAUGAACUAUAAAAUUACUAUGCUUAAUUUAGAUAUAUUUUAAAAAUAGUAUUUAGCACGGGUAAGUUUUUAAAAUAUAUAUUACCAUCUAUACAAAAUAAAUAUUAUUCACAAAACAUAAAAAUUAAUAUAGAGAAAACUGCCAAUAAAACUCCGAAUUUUCAAAUUAAAGCCAAAAAACCUUCAAUUCGUGUUUGAGCUAAAGAAAUAUCCCAAAUUUUAAAUGUUGAUUAUUUUAACUCUUAUUUUUUGUUGACUCAACUAUUUUAGAAACUCAAAAGGUCAACUGUUAAACCGUAACGUCUGUUAACUUGCUAAAUGACGUCGUUUAAAUACUACAUAAAAAUUAUUCUUCGACACCAAUACCAUUUUUCUCAGCUUCAUUAUCAUUCUCAUUAGUCUAACUAUCAUCUUCAUUAUCACCUUCUUCACCGACUUGAUUCUGUUGCUCAAUCGUAGCUUCCCUAACACUUUCCACUUAAGGUUUCUCACUAUGACAACCCCAAAGUAACCUCAUCGUUCUAGCCAUCAUUUGCAUUAUCAAUGGCUCUAGGUUUUAAAGAUUGGAAGAUUAAGAAAUUAGAAAAUUAGAAAAAUUAUGUUUCGCGAAAGAGGAGAUGAUUUAAUUGUUUAUAGAUGUAAAAUGACAUCAUUUCACUGAUGUUUAAUUAAUUUUUAAAACGACGUCGUUUACCUAGUUAACAAACGUUUAUGGAUUUAACAGUUGACUUUUCAAGUUUCUAAAAUAGUCUAUUCAACAAAAAAAUGAAAGUUAAAAUGACUAAUAUUUGAAAGUUGGAAUGUUUUUUAGUUCAAACAUGAGUUUAAGGCUUUAUAGUUUUAUUUUGAAGGUUCAAGAUUUUUAUGGUUGUUUUCUCAAUGAAUAUUCGUGCAAGUGUGUGAAUCAAGCUUUAGUAUAUACUCUCUCCGUUCCCGAAAAUAAGAUUUUCUAGAGUUUAUUCUUGUUCCACAAAUAUAGAUUUUCUAUAUUUCUAAGGUACUUUAUAUAUUUUUGAGAAACAUUAAUUGUGAAUAUUUGAACAGGUUAAAUUUUAUUGGUGGAUAGUUAUUGGAAAGUGUAUUGAAAAAAAAAUUAUAAAUUAAAUUAUAAACAUUUAUUAUAUAAACGUGAAAACCCUAAAAAAUCUUACUUAUAGGAACAUAUGGAGUAUUAAUGUUUGUUGCAUGUUUAAUCACUAUACUAUGUAGACAUUUAUUUGGUUAUCUUUUAUGAUUCUCUCGUGGGGGUGAAUCAUCUUAUUGAAUAACUUGUUAGUUUUUUUUCAUUUAUUAUCUAAUAUUUGCAACUUUUUGGGAACGUCCAUUUUAGUAGAAUAAUGAAAUGUCAUAUUUUUGCUACAUUUUCAUAUUUGCAGUUUUAUCCAAAAUAUUUUGUUUAACGAGAGUAUACAGUAUAAUUUCUAUAAAUUAAUAAUCAAAACAUGAUAAACAAAUAUAUUCUUCUAUUUCAAGUUAGAUAUGUCAAAAUAUUAUACAAUUUAAUAAAAUAAUAAAAAUCUUAAAUAAAUAAAUAAUCCUACUAAAAUUUAUAAUUAAUAUAUAUUAGAUUUAUAAUAAUUUUAUAUAAAUAAAUAAAAUAUUGCAUUGUGUAUUUUUAUUCACAACAUAAUCUACCUCUAUUUUUUUAUUUAAUACUUUGAUAGUAUUAUUUUGGCGAAGUAUGAAUUACAUGUAUCUAUAUUUUUUUGAAACUAAUGUGGCUAUAUUUUUUAUAAGCAUUUUUGAUACAUUAGAAAUAUGGAAUAGUAUAAUAAAAAGAGAUGAAAACCAAAUGUAUAAAUUUUAGUUAAUAUAUAGGACUAUGAGAUUACUAGUUUAGUUUGUAGAGUCUUAGUUGAGUAUUUGUACGUUGAUGACAAAAAAAGACUAUAAAAUUAUUUUGUUUAUUCGAAAUAGAAAAAUACUUUACAAAUAUAUUUUAAAAUAAUACAUUAAUAAAGUUCUGUGUCCUAAGAUUAUUAUUAUUAUAUUGAAUUUUUACUUUAUAUACAAUGAUUUAAAAAAAAAUUGAAUAUGGAAACAAUUAACAAAACUAGAAAGUUCUGAGUAGUUUUUUAAUUUACUAAAUAAAGUUAGAGUACGUAAAUACUUUCUUAGUUGUUUUGGGAAACCGGCCAAAUGUUUAACUAAAAUUUUACAGAAGAAAAUUUCAAAAAAAAAAGUUUACAGAAGAAAACCAAUGGUGGUAACACGGAAGUCUAUAAUCAGUUUUGAACGUGCGUUACAUUUUAGACUUUCAAUUUUGUAUGUGCUAUACUAAUUAUUUUUGUGAGGGGAACCUAAAUUAUUCACUAAUAAAAGCGUUACUUCACAAUUUUUUGUUUCCAUAUGUUAUAUGAUUAUUUUAAGAGAAUCGUUUUGCAAAUAUCUAAAUUUGAUAUACGUUACGUUGUAAAAAAUAAACUCAAGAUAUACAUCAUGGUCGUAGACAUUUAAUAUCAGCAGUUGCACCAACAUCGGAGUAAAGGACAAAAACUAUAAAUCAUUACAAUAUUACCAGAAAAUGAUGUGGAAUUCGAACAGAAGUAAAAUAAAUAAAGAAAUCGCUAGAGACAAUUUUUAUCAGACGAAAAAAUUAAAAAGACUUGUAUCACAAUCAUAUGAAAGAAGAAACAGAUUUGCAUUAUUAUUUUUAAUAUAUACAAAAAACCUCCAUUCGUUGACCCUUCCCUGUCCUCCAAUGGCGGCCCCUACGCCGUUGGCCUUGCCUCUUUCUCUCUCUCUCUCUCAAAAGCUCAAAUAGCCCAGCAAGCAAAGUAGUCCAAAAAGAAACAAGAUAAGAAGAAGCCAAACUCGCAAAGAAACAAAAAGCAAAAAAAAAGAAAAAUAAAUAGUGAAAUCAAAGAUUUAAAGGAGAGCAAAAAAUCGCCUUUUUAACACCUCAUUCCCUCUUUCUCCGGCACUCUGUAUAACGAAAAACGAGACCAAAGACGCAAACUUUAAGCUCUUCUUUUUGUGUGUUUGUGUUUCUCUUCUAUUUUCUUCUUUUUAUCUCUUUCUCUUUUUUAUUUUUCUUUCCGACAAUGGAGGACGAAAGUAGCAACUGGUUGAUUCCAAAGGUUCUCCUUUUGUCUGUAAUCCUUAGUCUUGUAAUUGUGAAAGGCAUGUCUCUGCUUUGGUGGAGACCCAGAAAGAUCGAAGAACACUUCUCAAAACAGGGAAUUCGAGGUCCUCCCUAUCAUUUCUUCAUCGGUAACGUUAAAGAACUUGUUGGCAUGAUGCUUAAAGCUUCUUCUCAUCCUAUGCCUUUCUCUCACAAUAUCCUUCCAAGAGUUCUCUCUUUCUACCAUCACUGGAGGAAAAUCUAUGGUGCUACGUUUUUGGUAUGGUUCGGGCCAACUUCCCGGUUAACGGUGGCGGAUCCGGAUCUGAUCCGAGAAAUAUUUUCAAAGUCCGAGUUCUAUGAGAAGAACGAAGCUCACCCUUUGGUUAAACAGCUUGAAGGCGAUGGACUUCUUAGCCUCAAAGGAGAAAAAUGGGCUCAUCAUCGCAAAAUCAUUAGCCCCACAUUUCAUAUGGAGAAUCUCAAAUUGCUUAUACCGGUGGUGUUGAAAAGUGUGACGGAGAUGGUGGAGAAAUGGUCGGAGAAGCUAUCAGAAACUGGCGAAGUUGAGGUCGACGUGUAUGAGUGGUAUCAAAAUUUGACCGAAGAUGUUAUAAGCAGAACAGCUUUUGGAAGUAGCUACGAAGAUGGCCGAGCGAUUUUUAGACUACAAGCUCAACAAAUGAUUCUUUGCGCCGAAGCUUUCCAGAAGGUCUUCAUCCCUGGUUACAGUUUCUUUCCGACGAAAGGAAAUUUGAAAUCUUGGAAGUUAGACAAGGAGAUAAGGAAGUCUUUGUUGAAGCUAAUAGAGUGGCGGAGAAAGAGCGAAGAAAGUAAGGAGCUAGAGCCGGAGCCGGCAGCAGCGGCGGCGAAGGAUUUGUUGGCUUUAAUGAUUCAGGCGAAAAAUGUAACGGUGCAGGACAUUGUGGAGGAGUGUAAAAGCUUCUUUUUCGCCGGAAAACAGACAACAUCCAAUCUGCUGACGUGGACGACCAUCUUGCUAGCCAUGCACCCGGAGUGGCAGGCCAAAGCACGUGAUGAGGUCCUCAGGGUCUGCGGCUCACGUGAUGUCCCCACUAAAGACCAUGUCGUUAAGCUCAAAACGCUGGGCAUGAUUCUGAACGAGUCCCUAAGGCUGUAUCCACCAAUUGUAGCGACAAUCAGGCGCGCAAAAUCGGAUGUUGAGCUAGGAGGGUACAAAAUCCCAUGUGGCACGGAGCUUCUGAUCCCAAUCAUAGCUGUCCAUCACGAUCAAGCAAUAUGGGGUAACGACGUAAACGAAUUCAAUCCAGAUCGAUUCGCAAACGGAGUGCCUCGUGCUGCGAAACACCCUGUUGGGUUCAUACCAUUUGGUCUUGGAGCCCGUACCUGCAUCGGUCAGAAUCUUGCCAUUCUUCAAGCCAAAUUGACCCUUGCUAUAAUGAUCCAACGCUUCACUUUUCACUUGGCUCCUACUUACCAACACGCACCCACCGUCCUCAUGUUGCUCUAUCCUCAGCACGGUGCACCGAUCACUUUUCGGAAGUUGAACAGUUGCGAGGAUCGCUAAGAGAUCAACAGUCCGAAGCUCGUUCUGGAGUUUUAAGCUUGGAAUAAACGAUGUUCUGAAGCUCUCAAAACUGACAUUCUCCUUUGUCGUUGUUUUAACCUUCAUAAAUAUAUAGUUUUAACUUCAGAAACCAUAUAUUUUUAAUUUUUUAAUUGUUUUAUCAACCUUCUUCUGGUUUUAAAUUAUGCUUUUGAUUUUUGCUAUCUAGGACUAAGAGCGCUAACAAAUAUUAAAUAAAAAAUUGCCUCCGUUACUAUUUUAUAUGUAUGGGGUUACCCCACAUCCUCUUUGUGUCUCUAUUUAAUAAAUUAACUCGAAUUCAGUU